GCUAUUCGAGGAGAGGCUGUCCCACAAGAUUUAUCCCACUAUGUGACGAUUCGCUGCUUGGUGAGCGGUAUUCGCCAACAUGAUGGAUUUGCCGAGGAGCUACGAGGCAAAACACAGCAUCCGUCAAUCUUACGGGCACUCAACGCUCGGGCUAUCAUGAGCAACCGUCUCCCAGAGCCAAACCCACCGACCCAAGAGCUCCCCUAUUGCUUCUGGUAUCCCGACAUACCAAGCGAGCAGACCCUACGAAGUUUGUUGAAAGCUUAUCCGAACCCGAUAAUGCCCUACUUGGUCGCUCGUGCGUGUGCGGCUGGCGGGUAUACGGAGCUGUACGAUGAACUCGAUGUGUUGCCUGAUGUUGCCGUUGCCGAGGAAGCCCGAGACAAUAAGGCCAGCGGCCAAGAAAUCUAUGACAGAAUUAUGAGUGCGCCGGCAAGGUACAGGGUUAUGGACGACUAUAACUGCACGGUUUCCCUUCAUCCGAAGCCUGGGGCUCUUCUCAACGGCGAUACUCGCGUGCGAUCAGCUCUAGACAAGAGGCAGCCAAUUAGCCGAGACCUCUACCCGCCUUAUUUUGACAUUGCCGAAGACUGGAGGUUGGGAGCUGAGGGUCCUCAUCCAGGGACGCGGCCGAUCCCGGACGAUGUGGUCUCCCUGUUGUGGAAUCCAUUGCCUCUCGAUCUUCCAACCGUGGACAAGGAUCUCUUGAUCCUCAUGGCGGCGUAUUCGGGCAACAUCGAUCGAUACGCUCGUCUGCGGCGGCCACAACUCAUCAACGGUGAAGCUCAGUGCAUCGUCCGUGGGAUUUAUCACAACACUUUCUUCGCCAAAUGGUGCUCCCAACAACCCGAUCUUGAGCGAUUCCGAAAGUUUGUCCACGCCCGCUUCAUCAUGAACGAUGACCUUACCUGGGUCGACGAUAUCGACACUUCUCUGCCUCAAAAGGACCUGCCGUAUACGAUCUGGUACCCAAGGCUGGCAAGCCCCGAGACCUACAUGGAGCUCGCCCAAAGAGUGCCCGUUUUGAAGCAAGCAGCUGCUCACGCAAUGAUCGUGGCC